AUGGACAACGAGAAGUGGGAGGAAUUAGAUUUGAAAGCUUUGAGUACAAUCCACAUGUCUUUGGCUAUGAAUAUUCUUGUGAAUGUUCUUGGUACGUCGUUAGGCAAAGAGCUUUGGGAGAAACUUGAAGGGCUAUAUCAAGGAAAUGGUAUAUCAAAUUGUUUAUUGUUGAAGGAGCAGUUUCAUAGCUUAUGUAUGAAUGAACAUACAAAAGUAUCUGAUCAUUUAAGUGUUCUAAAUGGUAAUGUUUCUGAAUUAGAAACUAUUGGAGUCAAGAUUGAUGAUGAAGAUAAAGCUUUAAGACUCAUAUAG